UAUAAUUGAGCAACUGUCAACGCAUUUUGCUAUCCAUCUACUCUCUCUAUAGUAGAAAAGAAAAUACACAAAAAGACAAGAAUAGAAAUUAAACGUAAUAAUUAAGAAAAGGAAAGAAAUUCAAUUUUGAUCUCUUCCACUUAUAUUUCUCAUCUUCAAAGGUCUCUUCCUUUUUUGCAGGUUGUUCCACUUUGCCUCACCAUUUCUGCACUACACCAUCACCAUCAAUUUUCUAAAAAUCCAUCUUUUUGUAGCACCUACCUCACUAGUACCAGGAAGUAUUCAAGUCCUCUAUCCAUCCACUUCAAGUCUCAAGACUAAACCUAAUUUUAUCAUCUUUUUAUGAGGUACUAAAAGCCUAAUUUCUUCUGCCCUAAAGCUUUCAAAAUCAAGAAAAAGAACCCUAAUCUCUCCAACCCUAGUUUGGAUACAUAUCUUUUUAAGUUAUGGAUCUGAUCUCUCAAGAGCACAAUAACAAGAACCCUAAUACCGUUCUCUCAACACGACCUCCUCCUCCUUCUUCUUCUUCUCCACCUUCCUCUAGCCGCUAUGAGAAUCAGAAACGCCGUGAUUGGAACACUUUCUGCCAAUACCUUAGAAACCAUCGUCCACCGCUCUCUCUACCGUCUUGCACUGGCGAACACGUCCUAGAGUUUCUCCGUUACCUUGACCAGUUUGGCAAAACCAAAGUCCAUCACCAAAACUGCGCUUUCUUUGGCCUCCCAAAUCCUCCGGCUUCUUGUCCUUGUCCUCUCCGACAAGCUUGGGGCUCACUUGACGCCCUUAUCGGCCGUCUCCGUGCCGCCUACGAGGAACACGGUGGAGUUCCAGAGACUAGCCCUUUUGGCUCACGUUCAGUCAGGGUUUUCCUCAGGGAGGUUAGAGAUUUCCAGGCUAAAUCUCGUGGGGUUAGCUACAAGAAGAAGAGGAAGACGGUCAAUAACAAGCAAAUAACUCAAUCGAGUUCGCAGCCGCCUCUAAAGCCACAGCAGCAGCAGCCAGGUCAGUCACGGAUGGCUAAUUAUCACCAUGGGCAGCUUAAUGAUAUCGUACAGCUUCAAUAGAUGUACGCUCGUAUCUAGCUAUUUAUACGCACCAACCUUUGUAUUUGUGUAAUGUAAUAUCCCUACUUUGUAUUUGUGUAAUGUAAUAUCCCUACUUCACUCCAUCCACCGCUAUUGUUUU